AUGACCAGGGGUGCUUGGAUGCGUCGGCAGCAUGAUAACGGCUUAAAAUACUGGUUUGCGCCCCGAGAGAACGAGAAGCCAUUUACCGAGUCGGAGCGGGCCCAGAGAUGGCGACUGUCGCUGGCCUCUCUGCUCUUCAUCACCGUCCUGCUCUCUGAUCACUUGUGGUUCUGCGCCGAGGCGAAACUGACGCGAACCCGAGACAAGCGGUCGGACGAGGGGUUUGCAAUUACGGACACGGGCGAGAACCCAAACUCCCUCCACCACCGAGACCAUAACCCAACAUCACCUUACACCCACCGUCUCGCCAGAGAGCAAGAUGAUAUUUUUAUAGGGAAUUCUACCAAACCUCUGUGGCGAAUGGACACCUGUCACCCAGACAGCGUGUCAAAAGACUGCUUUACUUUCACGGACGCGCAGACCGUGUGCCUGGGCCUCUCAGGUGGAGGGGAAGAGGGGACACAGUCAGCCUACGUGAAUUUGAGCGAUUUGUACCUUUCUUUUUGUAAUUCCUACUCACUUUUGGAUUUGUUUUACGGGUUUACGAGUCCGGGCGUUAUGAAUUGCACCCUGGAUAUGGCCAUGGGGGUGGAUCUGCUGGGAUGCAGGGAGUGUGUCCAGGCUUAUCAGCGUCUUGAUCAGCAGGCGGAGGAGAACUACCGGGAGUUUGAGCUGCUGGUUCAGAAAUACGAGACGGAUGCAUACUCUGUCAGGACGUGCAUGGAUGAAUGCAAGGAUGGCCUUUGUAAUAUAAACCUCAGCGACUGUGGAUACGACGUUUGGCAUAUGGAGCGAGGUCCGGGCUUACCGUCCCAGAGCUCCAUGAGAUAA